AGAGGAGUAGAGGAGUAGUGAAGUAGAUGAGUAGAGGAGUAGAUGAGUAGAGCAGUAGAGUAAUCAAGGAGUAAUCAAGGAUUAGAGGAGUGGUAGGAGAGUAGAUAGAUAGAGAUCUAAAUAAUUAGGAUUUGAUCUAGUCUUAACUUUAUCCAGAUCCUAUCUCUAUGUCUGGGAAGCAGCUGUGUGUGUUGGGACUAUAGGGUGGAGAGAGGAGGAGAGGAGAAGAGUGGGAGAAGUGAAGGAAAAUGUAGAUAUUUCUGCUUCAUGAUCAAGCCCAGAUCUUAACUAUGCUAAUAACAGGAGUCUUCUUGUGUCUUUUAAACCCUGGGUUUGGAUAUCCAGGGUUCCAAGAUAUUCUUGAACAGGGUUCAGCUUCUCAACCCGGAGCUCCAGGUACACUGGGGAGGGAGGAGUAUUUCGAAGAGGAUUCGGAGAAUUGGGGAUUGAUAAGCUCCGAACUAGUAGGAGUAGGGUUAGAGGGUUCACAUUCAGGACAGGAAGCAAUGCUUAUCAUUGGAGGAAGUAAAACAGAACAAGAUGUUGUUGUUGUGACAGAAACAAACAUUGCGGUAACAUGCCUCCCAACCUUCCCUUCUAUUAGGUUUGCACACACCGGAUGCAGGGUUGGAUCUAGUAUCCUGGUAUGCGGAGGAAGGAAGGAUUUAUUAGGAUUAAAUGACGAGUGCUGGAUGUAUGACCAGAAGAAGGAUUCGUGGGAAGAAUUUCCUGGUCUUCCGUUCCCUGUUGCCGGAGCUAGUUCAGUGUGCUACCCUGAUACAGUUUACGUCCUUGGAGGGGUUCUGGAGCAGGAUUAUUAUCAGGACGAGGUUGGAGAAAAUGAAGAUUUUUAUGAUUAUUUUACAGAAGUUACAACAGAUUUCAUCAUAGAACUGAAUGUGAGUAGUAAAGAAUGGAGUGUAAAGGAAAGGUUGCCCAGGAGUAUCCACGGAGCAUGUUCUCUUAUCCAUCGUCAGUAUAUAAUCAUUACCGGAGGAAGAAACCAGUCAACUUGCAACCAUGGAUACAGGCAUGUCUCUCUUUUUGAUACGGUUACUCGGGAGUGGAGUGAAGGACCUGAGCUCCGGGUUGGAAGAUACUACCAUGGUUGCAGUAUCGUGAGCAGGGACGGAGAACCAGGGAUACUGGUCGCAGGAGGAGUAGGAGAUACCAACCACGGGGAUUCAGUAGAGUUUCUCUCUCUCUUGGACGGGGAGAUUGGAGAAGAAUGGGAACCUUGGAAACCUCUCCGGUAUCCGCAUCCAAACCAACCAAGUUUACAUCAACUUGGAGAUAGGAUCGUUCUUUACGGAGGAGGAGGUUUUCCAUAUCCAGGAGGAGAGAAUAAGGCCGAGGUGUUCAAGGAUGGAGAAUGGAAGACUCUAAAAACUCGUGGAGAGGAACGGAGUUAUGGUUUAAGGAUUUCUGUUCCCGAACCUUGGGUUGAAAAAUGCAAAAUGGAGCCAAACCUUGGACCUUAUUCAUAUCACAGGAAGAAAGGAGAGGAAUAUCUAAAGAAUAAAGUUUGGUUCUGCUCUGGUUCUAGUUUUACAGCAGAGAAAACAAUAGAGGAUCAGUCACUUUCAUGUACAGUACCAGGUUGCCAGUACAGUGAAGUACACCCAUCCCUGGCUAGAAGAGGUGGCUACACAUGUACAGUAAGACAAGAUUCUGUAAACUGUACUGUAUCUUGUGUACAAGGAUAUGUACCGCAUGACGGUCAGGUCUCGGUUGCCUGCACACGUGGUGAAGGGUUUAAAAACAGGUACCUUGAAUGUGUGCCGGACUCCGUAUAAGAGUAUAUGAAGCAAUCAACCUAACUCAUUUGCAUGGGGUCGACCGCUACAACGAUCGGACGAAAAAGUCGACCGUGGCAAAUGUAGAGAAUUGUACAAUUAUGAAAAAAGAAGAGUGAACUGGGUCUAUACCUAACUAUAGGUGUUAGGUAUACACGCAGUUUAUUGUAUGUACUGCAGUACUGCACUGUAUACUGUCCUGCACUACACUGUACUGUAAUGUACUGUGCUGUGUACUAUACUGCACUGUACUGUACUUUGUACUGUUUUCAACUGUAAUUUAUAAUAUUUGUACUGUAACUUUUUAGUUUUUAUUGAAAUGUAUAUUAUGGCAGAUCUUAAUAAAUAUUCUAACAAAGGAAAUGAAAAAUAAAAGU